GCCUACCUGCAGCGCUGGGAGUGCGCGCUGGCGCACCUGGCGCGCUGCCCCGACCGCUUCGACGCGGAAUUCCUGCCCCUGGCGCGGGAGCGCGCCCUCUACGGGCCCGCGCUUGCGCUCUUUCCGCCCGGGGACGCGCGCUACGCCAAGGUGGCAGCUGUGUAUGGUGAAUACUUGCUGAAGGAGAGAAAGUUGGAAGAGGCUAUAGUCAUGUUUCGUCGAGCAGAACGCUGGGAGGAUGCACUUGAGGCGAGCUGCCUGGCUGGGGACUGGCAACAAGCCCUGGUGCUCCUGGCCAAGUUGCAAUAUGUCCCAGAGAAAAGAUUGGAGAGCCUUCGCGCUGUGUCUUCAGUGUUGUUGCAGCAGAGACGCUUCCAGGAGGCUGCGCUAGUCUUGUUCCGGCACUGCUCUUGUGUGGAGGAGGCCUUGAGUGCCUUGUGCCAAGGGAGAUGCUGGGCAGAAGCACAGCAGGUGGCUGUGGAAGCAAUGCGCCCUGACUUACUUGAACAGGUGAAGCAGGGCAUUGAGGACCACUUUGAACAAAUGCAAUCUGAAGUUGCUAACCACAGGACUACUUACGAGGCCCAUCUCAAGCGCCUGAGAAUCGUUAGGACAGAGAAGCUCAACCAGCCAGAAGAGAAGGAUGGAGAGGUUGGCCCAGAGAGCGACCUAUUCUCUGAUACCAGCAGCACGUCUGGUUCAGGCUCCGGCUCCUUCCAGUCGGGCCGCUCUGGCUCACGCUCAGGAAGGAGCACCCGUUCUGGCAAGAAUCGUCGGAAGCAGGAGCGCAAGCUGCUUAGUCUCAAGGAAGGCGCUCCUUACGAAUACCUAGCACUUCUUCGUGCCAUGCACCAAAUCACCACAGCAUGCUUUGCUCUCAGAAAAGAAGUACGUGCCUUGUGCCUGGCUUUGCUUUCUGUGCAAUGUGACGUGGACGCUGUUGCCCUUCAGAGUUCGUUGUCAAGUGCCCUACAGUUGAUGGAGGACUCCAGGCCGGAGGUGUGGCCUCCGGAAUUGACCUCCCCCAACGCCCUUACAGCUGUGGAUGAGCAAUAUGGGCCUGAUUCUACUGUCAACAGCAUAGUGUCUGGUGCUCGGAAGGCCAAAGUUCCUUUGGAGAAUUGUGAAUUACUAGAACCACAGUACCGAAUACCUCCACAGGUGCAAGAUCAUCUCAACUGGAAGCUAUCAGUCUUGAAUGUUUAGUGUGCGAUGGAAGCACAUCCGAGUCCUGCGCAGUGGCGCCUUCGCCAUCGACCAGACCACCAGUUCGCCUCCCGCCAGCAGCUGAUUUCACGUUCGGCCAAGAUGGCCGACGGGUGCUGCUAAUCGCUCUGUAUAAAAAGGGCGGCGAGCCGCUUUCUAGCACAAUGCUUCGCCACUUCGACUACGCUGCCGUGAGGCUACUGCGUUGUUGAGGGCGGAGGAGGUGGAGGAGGAGGAGGAGGAGGAGGAGGCGGCGGCAGAGGCGGUGGCGGAGGCGCGGCCCUGGUUGCUGCAUAAGGGGCCCGUCCGGCGGCGGCGGCGGCUAUGACGAAGAAGUUCGAGUUCAACUGGCAGGUGCCGGUGCCCGAGCCCCUGCUCAAGGGGUGCGUGUUCGACCGCUGGAGCGAGGACAAGGACUCGUUCCAGCUCGAACCCAAGUGCCUCUUCCGCGUCGACGAGUACGGCUUCUUCGUCUACUGGAAGAGCGAGGGCAACGAUGGAGAUGUCAUUGAGCUGUGCCAAGUCAGUGACAUUCGAGCGGGCGGGUUACCAAAGGAGCAGAAUCCCAAAUUGUUGGCCCAGCUUGUGAAAGCACAUGGAGAGAAUCUGGAAGAAAAGUCGCUGACCAUCUGCAGUGGAACGGAUUAUAUCAACAUCAACUAUCAGCAUGUAGUUUGCCCAGAUGCUGCAACAGCCAAGGAGUGGCAAGCAGGGCUGCGGGCCAUCACCCACAACAACAAGAUCACCAACGUGUGCGUGCGCACCACGCUCAUGAAACACUGGAUGCGGUUAAGCUUCCUAGUGAAUCCAAAAGGCAAAGUUCCUGUGAGGGUUGUCGCCAAGACUGGUGUAUCAGUGUUUGGCCGAUCUUGGCUUGCCCAGUGAGAAGAAUGAUUCCAUUGAGCCCGCAGACUUCACUUUUGAGAAGUUCUAUGAACUCUACCACAAGAUCUGCCCUCGCAACGACAUUGAGGAGCUCUUCCAGCUAAUCACACAAGGGAAGGCAGACUCAAUCACUUUGGAGCAAUUCAUCAACUUCCUGAAUGAGAAACAACGUGAUCCACGUUUGAAUGAAAUCCUGUAUCCUCUGUAUGAUGAAAAGCGAGCUGCAGAAAUUAUCUGCACAUAUGAACAGGAUGAGGCUGUCAGAGCUGAAAAGCGUUUAACAAAAGAUGGUUUGAUCCGCUAUCUAAUGAGUGAUGAAAAUGCCCCUGUAUUUUUGGAUAGACUGGACAUUUAUAUGGAUAUGGAUCAGCCACUUGCACAUUACUACAUCAACUCCUCCCAUAAUACGUAUCUCACUGGUCGACAAUUUGGUGGAAAGUCUUCAGUGGAGAUGUAUCGGCAGGUACUGCUAGCCGGCUGUCGCUGCGUGGAGCUUGACUGCUGGGAUGGGAAAGGUGAAGACGAAGAGCCAAUCAUCACCCAUGGGAAAGCCAUGUGUACAGACAUCCUGUUCAGGGAUGUGAUCUAUGCCCUGCGAGACACAGCCUUUGUGACAUCAGAUUACCCAGUGAUCCUGUCAUUUGAAAACCAUUGUUGCAAAGCACAGCAGUACAAACUUGCCAAAUAUUGUGAUGAGGUAUUAGGAGACCUGCUGAUAAGGGAACCUCUACCAGACAGUCCGCUGGAUCCGGGAGUACCUCUGCCAUCGCCCAACCAACUGAAACGCAAGAUCCUCAUCAAGAACAAGCGUCUGAAGCCAGAAGUGGAGAAGCAGGAGCUGGAGCUGUUCCGGCAGGGGCAGUUUGUCAUUGAGGAUGAGGAGAAAGAAGAUGCUCUGGCUCCUGUAAUCCCUGAGAAGAAAGAGGAAGUACCUCCAGAAGUUGACCCUGUAGCUUUGGCAGAAGGAGAUGUUCCAGUCCCCCAAAUUCAGUACACCGGUUCCACCACAAAUGUGCAUCCUUGGCUGUCAUCCAUGGUGAACUAUGCCCAGCCCAUCAAGUUCCAGGGAUUUGAUGUAGCGGAACAGAAAAACAUCCACCACAACAUGUCAUCCUUCGCCGAAACAACAGGCUUGGGUUACCUGAAGUCCCAGGCCAUAGAGUUUGUCAACUAUAAUAAGCGACAAAUGAGUCGUAUCUAUCCCAGAGGAACAAGAGCAGAUUCUUCCAACUACAUGCCACAGGUGUUUUGGAAUGCAGGCUGUCAGAUGGUGUCCCUUAAUUUCCAAACACCUGAUCUACCCAUGCAGCUAAACCAGGGCAAAUUUGAGUACAAUGGCAAUUGUGGUUACUUGUUGAAACCCGAUUUCAUGCGGCGGGUUGAUAGGUCUUUUGACCCUUUUGCUGAUGCACCUGUAGAUGGAGUGAUUGCAGCACAGUGCUCAGUGCAGGUGAUAGCCGGUCAGUUCUUGAGUGACAAGAAGGUUGGAACGUAUGUUGAAGUGGAUAUGUAUGGGCUUCCAACUGACACUAUUCGCAAAGAGUUCAAGACCCGCAUGGUUCCAGGCAAUGGGCUGAAUCCUGUGUACAACGAGGAGGCAUUCCUUUUCCGUAAGGUAGUGCUCCCAGAUCUGGCUGUGUUGCGGUUUGGAGUGUAUGAUGAAAAUGGACGUCUUCUGGGACAGCGCAUCUUACCCCUGGAUGGUUUGCAAGCAGGCUACCGGCAUAUCUCUCUGCGCACAGAAGCCAACUUCCCAAUGUCACUGCCUAUGUUGUUUUGCAAUAUAGAUUUAAAGAUUUAUGUACCUGAUGGCUUCGAAGAUUUUAUGGAUGCAUUGUCGGAUCCACGAGCCUUCUUGUCUGCGCAAGAGAAGCGUGCGCAGCAGAUGAAGGCAAUGGGCAUUGAGGAAACAGACAUUUCCACCAAGGACCUGGUGGGUGGUGGAGGGUCUGGUGGAGAUGCGAAGAAAGGCAGCAAAUCAACCAAGCCAGGAGCUGGCGGUGGUGUAGGUGGUCCGGAAGAGAAGAAAGAGGACUUGAAAUUCGAGCCCAUCACAGUGGAGAGCCUGAGAGCAGAGAAGGGCUUCCAGAAGUCAGCACGCAAGCAGCAGAAGGAAGUUGAAGCCCUACGGAAGCGCCAGCUGAAGGAAAGGCUUGCUGUGCAGAAACAACAGUGUGCUGCUAUUGAAAAAGCCAUCAAGGGUAAAAACAAGUCCGAGCUGGCAGGUGACCCUGGUGUGCGCAAGCUGGUGGCAGAGCAGACGUCUCAAUGGUCUGAGCUGGUGGAGCGCCACCGGCGUGAGGAGUGGGCCACAAUGAAGCAGCAGUUGACAGAACAGCAAGAGAUCCUCAAGAGGCUCAUGGAGGUGGCGCAAGCAGCGCAGAUGAAGCAGCUGGAGGCAAAGCAUGAACGAGAAAUGAAGGAUAUGAACACACGGCAAGCCAAGAUCUCUGUUGAAACAAUGAAAGAGGUGGCAAAUGACAAGACACUGAGAACAAAAGGUGAAAAAGAUCGCCGGCUGCGUGAAAAGAAGCAAAACAACACAAAGAAGUUCAUGGAUGAACGCAAAAUGGCGCAAAUGAAGCAGGGCAAGGAACGUGAAAAGCUGAAACAGAAGCACGACAAGCAAGCAGAGGAACUGCAGAGAGACUUACAAGCGCUGAUUGAAAUGUACAAAAACGAGGAGCUGGAAUACGAGUUGGCGCCAAAAACAGAGUUCUUUGCGUGAGUGUGUUUGGUGCUAGUUAUAAGUGCAGAAGAGAGAGCUGUGCUCUGCAGAGAACCAUGCUCAUUAUUUUGGGGAACAAGUACAUGCUUGUGAGCGAGCAAGUGAUAGAGUAACUCUUGUUCAGUUCCCACUGCUCCAUUUAUUCUUAGUCAAAAGCAAAAUAUGUAGAAAAUGAGGACAAUUCAUCGAAUUAACUUUAAUUUUAAGGAAUUGAUCAUUUAUCAAACAGAUUGGUUAAAUAACUCUAAUCCAUAAUAAGACAAAUUUCCUUUAAUUUGAAAAAUACAUAAUGCAAUUUGUUCUUUCACUUUCUCCCAAAGUUUGUUCCUUAUUUGAGUAAUGAACUCUUUUAACUGUUCUAUUUUGUACUUGUAAGUCAAUAAGGGUAUUGAGAGAUUGCCUACUUCUUUAAGCUGAAAUGUCUUGGCAUAUUUGAUUUUAAGAGCUGUUUUUGAAUAAUUAACACAUUCUCAUAGAUCUGCAAGCUGCAUGUAUGUUUUGUAAUUUUUUUACUUUUUAUUUACUGAAAUAAUAGUAUGUAAAAAAAUUGUCAUAUGUUGUCAGCAGGGUGGUACUUCAAAUGAUCUCAUUUGUAGUAGUUUUGGAUUGAAAGGAAAUUUAAAAAAAGUGCAAAGACAUAAAUUUGGAUACUUCAUUUUAUUUUGUAAAACUAUUUUUGUUAUGUAGAGUAUUAUUUUGAAGUUACAUGGUAUGAAAGAUGUCUAUAUAUAUAGCAAUUCAUAUAUAUUUAUUAUAUAUGAAUUUAAAUGUAAAUAGUGUAAGCUAUUUUUAUUUUUCCUAAAGUGGUUUUAGAUUCGCUGUUUUAGGCAUCACAAAUUUUUGCUGUUGUAUUUUCAUAGAGCAAACUUUUAAAUUAUUUUCAUUAUUAUAUUUAUUUUAAUUUUUCUCUAUUUUAAUUCUUCUCUAUUUUAAAUACAUUUUAUCAUCUGUUGAAACAAAUAUGGGAGCAUUGUUGCUUCUCUCAUAUGCCAAUUGUAGCCAAUCUCUCAUUGCUGCCUCGCAGUUGCUCGCUCACUUGCAGUAAGCGUAUUGCCUCAUGACUCUUGCCUUGUGCUGAACUGGUGUCUUGUGCAAAGUUCUUAGGAACAUCGCCACAUCUUCAGCUGGACGAUACCAAAUGAUAGCAUCAGUAAGACGUACAGAUGGCUGCCAGACACACAGUCAGAAAACAAGGGUUCCAAAGCACUGUUCAUACUGCAAGCUCAGUUGAUCAUUUAGUAUAUCAAAAUUUGUGAUUGGAAAAUCUAAGUUUUGAGAUUUCUUUACAGUACUUUGUAAGAAAUAGUUUUAAUGAAUAACUGGCUUCAUAGAAAUAGCGAAUUCUGACCAGCAGUCUUCGUUUUUGGAAUAUGAAAUGCAGUAGAUCUGCGUAACGCAGAACAGCAGUACUGUUAUUUGUCGAUUUCAAAUUGAUUAUAAUAUGCAAAAAUAUUUGUUAAUGAGGCAGGCAUCAUCAAAAUUUAGUAGCCACUCCUAUUGUUAAAGAAAUCUGAAUUAUGUAAUCAAACAUAAAGUCAUUAUUUGUCUUCCGGCUUAAAAAAUAAGCAAUUUCAAUUAGUUUGCUAAUUGUAUGUUAGAAAAUUAUGUGACUUUGGUAACUGAAUUAGCUUGGACAAAAAGCAAAAUUAAGUUAAAUGACUGAAUUUGCUUUGAGUACAAAUCCAGAAUUCUUGGUGUGGAGCUCAUGGUCAAAGAAAUGUUUAUACCUCUCCAAUUUGGCAAUGGCCAUUGCUUAAGACAAAAUGCCAAAUCAUAAUGUUGCAUUCCAUAUUAGAUCUUGAAGGUUCUUUUUCGUAAUAUCCCAACUUUUUAUGUGAAAAAUUUGUAAAUUAAUUUUAUUUAGUCUAAGGUUGUAAAAAGAAUAAUUGCUCAAAAUUUAAGAAUAGAUAAUAUGAGAAUGCAGUAUUUUCAACAGAUAUAUGUAUGUAUCUUCAAGUAGUUUUGUUAAGACAAUAUGUCAAAGUUGAAACCCAUCAAUAGAUAUCAAACGAACUCGAUGGAUAGUAAGUAGGAAGACUUGGGAACCUUCGUUGAUGGCAAUUUGCAAUUUGAAUAUUUUUUUGCAUUUGAAAUAUGGUUUGGCAUUACAACUUUCCAUUAUGCAUUUGAUGGAAAUCAUUUCUUCAUUCCAUUUCUCUACGUGGUUUGUAUUAAGAUACAUAAUCUCAGAUAUUGUUCAUUCAUUCUCCAAAAUGCUACUAUGUGCUGUCUUUAAUAGCACUCCUCUGCCUGCAUUUAUAGAGGAAAGAUUCAUAAUGAACUUGUAGGUCAGUGACAUUCUAAAACCAAAGAAUUUAUAGCAACUUUUUCACUCAUUGCAUACAUGUUACAACUUAUUUGUUAUAGUUUACAUCUAAUUUAGUUUCUGAUGAACCAGAAAUGUUUGUGGACCAAACUUUGAAAAAUUUUAAAACUUGAGUUCAACUGGUAAACAUGAAGUAAAUGUGGGCAACAUGAACAUUAAGAAAAAGUAUUUGUGAUGAGGAUGAGGAUGAUGUUAUAUGUAAAUGGAAUUGAUUAUCUGAAGGAUUAUGAAACUUCAAGUUCCAGUUCUCGUAAACCAGUUGUAGUGGGGCUGGCAUUCAUCAGACAUUAUUUCAGUAAUGCCUAAAUAUUGAUAAGAUUAAAUUGGAGAAAUGUGUAACUGUUAUGAUCAGUUCUGAAAAGUUGCCAUUUGAAGCCAAAGAGAGAUAAUGUAAUGCCACUUACUAGUACAUAUUAUCUGCUGUGUGUUUGCUGCAGUACAUCUGUGCUUCUCUUGUACAAAACAUUAUUUUAUGGAAAUUUGGUUCCUUUGGAUGCAGAUCUGUACAGAAUGCAAUCAUGUAAUUUAAACUAAUUUUAGAGAUGGGAUGGGUUUUGUUUUGGAAAGUACAUUUGUUAAUUCCAGUUCUUGAUUAAUAUUUUUCUAUCGUGUAUAGAUGAUGUAGUAAGCGGUGUGCGUUUCAGAUGUGGGAGCAGUGAAAGUAAUUUCAUUGUAAUAUUUUAAUGGUUGUGUGAAUGAAAUGGCUUGUUAACAUUCUUUAUGGAUUAAAAUGUCCAUUUGUGAGCCUUCUUUGCAAAGGUGUAGUAUGUAAAUGUAAGAUACAAGAUGUAAUUGAGUUUUGGAAGAAUAGAUUUAAGCGAAGCUGAAGAACUGGAGUCAUAUAUACUGAAUCGCUGUAGUUAAUAACAGCUGUCUUAAUCUUCUGUGGGUACUGAAGUGGGACAAACCAGGCGAUGAAAAUGCGGUUGUCUGUUGGAGCUUUUUGCUAAUUAUUGUUAUAUUUCAUAUAGUUUAUGUAGUUGUUUUGGUUUUCAAAGAGUAAAGAAUAUUGCCUGUACACUUUUUCUUAGUUUUGUAUAGAUAAGUUGUGGAAUGAUGAUGCUUUUCUGGCAGAAAACAAAGUACUGUUGCUUUCCAAUAGUGAGUUCUAAAUUAGGCACUGAUUUGUCUGUCCAUGAGAAAGGAAAUUAUUUUAAAAGAAUCUGUUAAAAAAUUUCAAAACAUGUUUAAAUUGCUCUAAUAUUAAUGAGAGGUAUGAAAUUACAAAACCAAAAUACUAAGUUUUAUUGUCAGAAGUGUUAUUGUUUUUCACUUUUCAUUCAUAUACGAAAGAACAUUGAAUAAAUUGUCUCUCAAUUAUUUUAUUUUUUAAAUUUUAUUGAUAUUCCGAACAUCACCACUAAAUUUAAACUUAAUGGAUAAGCUGUGCUAUACUAAAGGGGACCAACGAUUUUCAGAGACAGUGCAAUAUGCAGAUUAAGGAGUUCAAAUUUAAAGAAAAAGUGUGUAGCUAAUACUUUGUCUCUCCAAGGAUGUAAUGACGAAAUUGAGGAAUGCAAACAAGGAACUUUCAAGCCAGUGUCCACAAAUGUUUGAGUACCAGACUGCCACGGUUUUUCAGAAGAAGGAAGUAAUAGCUGUUAUGAACUGUAGUGAAACUCUUGCCAUUUUUUUCCUAAACAAGAAAUAAACAUGCAAAACAAACUGUAAGGCCUGAUUCAUAAUGAAAAUGUUGAAAUUGAAAGGACAGCAUUCAUGACAGCCUCAGAAUUAAACAUUGAGGCAAAACAAUAACACUAACAAAAGCAAUGUAUAUCUCAUACUUAUUGAAAAUGUUUUGGAGAUGUGUGAAUUUCUUAUUAUUUAAAACAAUUGUUGAAGCAUGAUAAUUUAUUUUUCAUUGAAACAUCUUGUUUUCAUUUGUUCUUGUUUGUUUAUACUUUUUGAAAGUGUGUGAUUGUUUUAGAAUGAAUUGGAAAAUGUUAAAAUAUAUUAACAUGGACAGAAAAGUGAACAAACUUCUUUGUAAAUGUUUAUUGCUAAAGGGAGUGUUAAUGUUUAUGAAUGUGAAUGGUCCUGUUUAAGACCAUGGCAGCAAGCUUUUGCAUCUAAAUAAUAUGUUUCAUUGUGAAUGAGGUUAAAGUCUCAUCUCUCAUCUUUAUGAACGUUAUCCUAGGGCCCUUCCUAGUCUCCUGCCUAGGGCCCCUCCGUUCUGCCAGAGCUUGCCCUCUUGAGCGUAGCUGUCGUUCGUAGUCGAGUUGUCAUUUGCAGUUUGGUAACACCCCAAUGUUUUAACGAAUGUUGAACAGCAGUUGACUGCAAUUAAAGUUUGAAGAAAAACUUUUAGCAACUUGUACUGAAAAUAUGUCAAGUUUAUUUUGUAAUAUUUAGUUGUAGCUGUGCAAUUGUCUCUCAGAUCAGCACUGCCUAGAGAUGAUGGAUUGUGGUGAUAUGUUUAGAAAAAGAUAAGGAGAGGUGGAGAAAUGUAAUUUUUUCACAGUAUUUGUAGUAAUUUGUGAAAGUUCUUUCUUUCUACAAUAAAAUUGUUAAUUUUAUAUUUCAUUAUUAUAAUAUCAUGAGCUUAUUUCAUCUAAUCUUGUUGUUAAGUAGGAUAUGAAUACUUGCUCACCAAGCAGUUAAUUCUCAGUAAAAUAGGCAGUGUAGAGCUGGGCCAUGAAACUGUUAGUAAUACAGAUGCAUGUCACAGAUACAGCUAGUACAAUUGAUGUUCAAAAGAUUUAUAUGUAAUUUUAAUAUUAAUGCCAAAUGUUCAAUCAAUUAAUAAUGUAAUUCUGUGUGACAAGUCACUUUUUCAUUGCCAGAAUUGAUGUAUUUCCUUACUUACUAAGGAAAUCAUUGCUGUCAAAAUAUUUUAACUAACAAAAAAUCCAUCAAAUGAUUUAUUUUAUUUUGGCCAAAGAAGUGGACUGUCAUCAUGCAUUCUGUGCUAAAAGGGUCUUAUGAUGUUUUUUGAAUUGGAUUGUUGGUGGUUGUCUGCGGAGGAGAGAGGAAAAAUAAACUGCCCGUUACACCAUUGGGGUUCUAUCCUUCAAGUGAACAACUCUAUAGUAGUUGAUGUGUACUUGUAAAGAUAGUUAAAUGUGUAUUCUCUGUUACAUUUUACAUGUUUAUUGUGAAUUGAGUGGUCUCAUUUUGUCUUAUAUAGUGAAAGAUCUGUACCUACAUUAUAUAACAGAAUAAAGUGAUAUUUAUAUGUCAUA